AUGCAGGAUCCAGGACCAUUCAUGAACGGCUUUCAGUCGUCUUGCGAUAUUCUUAAUAUCCCAACAGCGCCUUCUCUCCCCUCUCCUUUUCCUUCUGUAACCAGGGGAAGCAUUAACUUGGCCCAUUCAAGCAGUGUGUUUCCAAAACAUGUGCCACUCCAUUUAUUGGAGAAAAUGACAAAUGGUUUCUCUAAGGACCGGGAACUUGGUGCCGGUGCAUUUGGGACAGUUUACAAGGGGGUGCAUAAAAAUGGUGAAACGAUUGCUGUGAAGUUGCUUCAUUCCAUGCCUGGGCGUGAUAAUGAGAAUUUUGAGAAGGAGUUUCGCAACCUUACAAGUCUGCUGCACAAGAAUAUUGUGCGUUUAGUUGGCUUUUGCCAUGAGACUCAGAAAGAAUGUGUACUGCACAAUGAAAAAAUGAUUUUUGCUGAGAGGACACAUAUGGCGCUAUGCUUCGAGUAUAUGCAAAAUGGGGAUCUUGGCAGAUAUCUUUCUGAUGAGUAUAGUGGGCAUGACUGGCCCACACGAUAUGCAAUAAUUAAGGGGAUCUGCGAGGGAUUGAAAUACCUUCACGAGGACUUGAAACCUCCUAUAUAUCAUUUGGAUUUAAAACCAGCUAAUAUAUUAUUGGAUGACAAAAUGGUGCCGAAGCUUGCAGAUUUUGGCUUGUCGAAGCUUUUUGGACAAGAACAAACGCGAGUCACAGAAAGCCGUACAGGAACACUGUACAGGAAAAAUGGGGGCAUAUGUUACAAGAAUUAUCAGUGA